UAAAUUAAGAUUAUAUAGAAAUAGAAAAAGCGAAAAGACACGUGCCGAGUCAACUGUAAAAGUCAAAAAUAGAUGGUGCGUUCUAACGCGGCAAUCAGUACUUGUGGAAAGUCCCAAUUCUCGGCUGCCAAACACGAAUCGGCCUAUUCCUGGUAUAGGGCCCAGCCAGCCAUCAUCCAACCUCAUUCGUUGUAACAACGGCAGUCUUGGUCGUCCAUGUGCUCUCCAUCCAACGGCCAGAUCUACAAAGACUCGGGCCAGCCUUGGCGCUAUUUAUAUGGAUUGGAGACAGGUCCAUUUUUCCAUCAAUCUUGAGCUCUUCUUCCUCGGCCAAAAACAGAGACAGUUCCGAGAGAGGGGGCGACCUGAGAUUUCAGAGAACACAAGGCAACAAUGGCGAGAAGAUUCAGUACUGUUGUUUUUGCAGUGAUGGUGGUGGCAGCUCUGGUACAGAGCUCGAAGGCCGAGACACACGAGGUGGGUGAUGACCUGAAGUGGACAGUCCCUUCAAACGGUUCUGUCGCUUACCAGAACUGGGCCGCCGGCGAGACAUUCCUUGUCGGAGACGUUCUCGAAUUUGAAUUUACUACUGGGGCACAUGAUGUGGCGAAGGUUACCAAGACUGCCUUCGAUGCCUGCAAUUCCACGAAUCCCAUCUCCCAUAAAACCACAGGUCCUGCAAACUUCACUCUUGAUACUUCCGGUGAGCAUUAUUUCAUCUGCACCGUGGGCACCCACUGUAGCUUGGGUCAGAAGCUGGCCGUCAACGUCUCUGCUGCCAGAGCUGAGACUGAGUUCAUCGUCGGAGACUCUUUGGGUUGGACUGUUCCUUCGGGCGGUGCCGUUACUUACCAGAACUGGGCUGCGAACAAGACCUUCGUGGUGGGAGACAGUCUGAAAUUCAAUUUCACAACCGGAGCACAUGAUGUUGCCGAAGUUACAAAGGCGGCGUUCACUGCCUGCAAUGGCACAAACCCCAUCUCCCAUGAAACCGAAGGCCCUGCAGAUAUCGAUCUUGACACCGCCGGUGAACACUAUUUCAUCUGCACCGUCGGUAGCCACUGCUCCCUCGGCCAGAAGUUGGCCAUUAACGUCACUACCAACUCUUCCACAAGUCCAACCACCCCACCCUCCAGCUCCACCACUCCCACAUCACCGUCCCCCUCAGGUGGUCCAUCACAAUCCCCUUCAGGUUCUACCACCCCUCCUUCACCAGGCUCUGCUCCCUCUUUCUCCGUCGCCGGUUUAUCUGCUACCCUCUUGUCCGUUGCAGCUGCAUUGUUGUAUUAGAUGAUUCUACGAUAAAAGAAAAACAGGGCUUGCUAGCUAGCGUGAUUCAUUUUGAUGUGAUUUUUCAGAGAGAAUAAGACUGUUUUUUUUUUCCAUGUUUCAGCUACUGUUUGUGAUUCAUGUAUCAUUAUCUUCAAUAUAAAAUAUUAAAUUCAUACUCCAUACUUUCAAA